CUUCAGAGGUUUAUUUGGAAUAAACUAGCCUUUGUUCUAUUUAUAUAAUGGAGAAAAUUGUCAUCUUUAGUUUACUUCCAGUAAUUGGGAUUAAUGGAGUCUUUAGUGAGAUUAAACUGGACCAGUCUCAGUCUGAGGGGAAGAGACCUGGAGAGACAGUGAAGAUGUCUUGUGUCAUGUCUGGUUUUACCAUGACAGAAUACUUCAUUCACUGGAUCAGACAGAAACCAGGCAAAGCUCUGGAGUGGAUAGGGAGGAUGGAUACUGGUAGCAAUGCAGCAAUAUAUGGAAGCUCCUUUCAAAGCCGUUUCAUCAUGACUGAAAAUGUCCCCAGCAGCACCCAGUACCUGGAGAUCAGGAGUCUGACAGCAGAAGAUUCUGCUGCUUAUUUCUGCGCUCGAGGAUAUACUUAUGGUUUUGACUACUGGGGAGACGGAACCACAGUCACUGUUAGUCCAGGUGAUUCCCCUCAGACUCCGUCCCUCUUCGUCCUCAGUCCUCUGUCGACUCCUGACUUCCCCCUGAAGACAGCAGACGAGCUCGGUCCAAACGUCUGUCUGGUCACAGAUUUCCGUCCAAAGGGGGGAGAAGUGGUUCUGAAUGGAAAAGGGGGUCCGGUCAACGUGAGCACUGAUGAUGCCGUCCUGUCAAAGGACAACACCUACAACUUUGCUGCAUUCAGCAACGAAACCAUCUACUCCUGUGGGAUGAACGGGGCCUUCGGCAACAAUGAAGCUGAUGAUGAAUGUGGCAGCAUUUAUCCAGAAAAAGCCAAGCUGAACUUCUACCUGCUGCUGAUGAACGGAGUCCGAGUGGUGUUCACCAAAGCUCUGGCCUUCAGCACCGUCCUCACCAUCAGAGGCCUGCUCUUCUGAGAAAAAAAACAAUAUACGACACAAACCUAAAGUCAAUAAGAUUUAAAGUUUGAAAUUUUGCUAUCAGAUUUUUACCCCUAAUUGUGUAAAUGUGAAGAGUGGCAUAUUUAUCACUGAAAGUCUCAAGUUUAUUUUAAGCCAAGUUUAUUUGUUUAGCACAUUUCAGCAACAAGGCAAUUCAAAGCGCUUUGCACCAUAAACACUUAAUACAGACACCAAUUAUGAAAUAAGCAAUAAAUAUUACACGUUGUUAAAUGAUGUCAUCAACUUCACCAAGCAAAUCAUAAAACAAACCAAAAAAAAGCCUCUGCCAAAAACCUUCUGUCCAUUAAAGAUAUAUUUGUAUUCAGGCAGCUCUUGUCUCAAAUUAAAUGUGCUUAGGUUUUUCUGCAAUCAACGGAGUAAUAGGAACUGCAAUAAAUAUUAAACACUUGGCUUAUUUUUCAAUAUGAGAGCUUUUAGACCAUCACAAAAUUAAGAAAAUGUGUGCGUGGUCCACAUAAACACAAGUAAUGCGAUAAAAUAAAUAAGUAAAUCAAUAUACCAAAUUGAAUUGAUUAAUCAUUUAGUAAAAUGUUAAAUAAUUAAACUGCAAACACUUUUGAAUUUAUCUAGAAAUCUGACUUCAGUUGUUUGUAUUAAAUAUGUAUAGUCUAAUCAUCAGUGAUGAGAAUUUCUAAAAUCUUUCUGCAGGCUUAGUUAAUUUGUCAUGUGGUAAUGUUGCAUGGAAAGAUUUCCUUAGAGGUUUUUCAAUAUGCUUUGUGUUUCACGCUUUAAUGCCAGGAAGUAUCUGAUUAGUCUGUAUUAAAUCAUCAAGGUAUGUAUUUCAUUAAAUAUGUUUCCAGGUUCUUUUGUAUUUUUCUAUAUAUCUGUGGUUAAUGCUCUGAAUUAAGCACAGACACAUUUUUGGUUGAAAUGUGUUACUGGUUUGUUUGAAAUACACAGAAAUAAAACUUUGUAGCUUUA